CCGGAAGCUGGUUCCUAUGGAGACGGGACAAACAAACUAGAGCCCCUGCUUAGUGGGGAAGGAACCACUGUUGGUGGUGGAGGACGGGGUGGGGAGGAUCACAGCUCAACCCUCCCCAGGGUGGGGGGAGGGCACGUCAUCCGCUGUGAUCUCCAGUCCUCACCUCCCACCAAUAGAGAGAAGUGACCAUGGAAGUCCUGAAGGAGAAAGUGGAGGAGGAGGAGGCAGCAGAAAGAGAAGCUGAAGCUGAACAAGCAGCAAGGAAGGCAGCAGCUGAGAAAGAGGAGUCCAUCCUCGACAGAGAUGACCUCAUUGAUCUGGAACAGAAGCUGAGCGAAAUUGAAGUCCAUAUUCCUGAAGUCCCUGUGAUCUUCACAAAGAGCUCCAUAGAUACCUCUGCACUGCCAGAAUCCUACAAGACCAAUACGGCUCAGGAAAAACAGCUUCUAAAGGUGGCGGACAAUUUUGCCCACCAAUAUAGCCACUUGUGUCCAGAUCGAGAGCCACUGUUUCUCCACCCGCUGAAUGAGUGUGAUGUGCCGAAGUUUGUGAGCACCACAAUCCGCCCGACCCUGAUGCCCUACCCAGAGCUCUACAAUUGGGAUACCUGCGCCGAUUUUGUCUCUGAUUUCCUCACUAUGGUGCCUUUGCCAUCUCCUAUCCAACUGCCAGAAUACCUGUUCUCCCCUACCUCUGUCCUGAAGUAUCAGAAAGGGAACUGCUUCGACUUUAGCAACUUGCUGUGCUCCAUGCUCAUUGGUUCCGGCUAUGAUGCCUACUGCGUCAGUGGCUAUGCCAGCCAGGACAUCUGCCUCAUGGACCUGACUAGGGAGGUGUGCCCUCUGCUGAGGAAACCAGAGGAGGCUGCUUCUCAGAAGGAGAAGGUGGUGCCCAAAAGGUACACAAUCAAACCCCCAAAGGAUCUACGCAGCAAGUUUGAACUUGCCCAGAAAGCCAAGAAGGAGGCAGAAAUUGCAGCUCAAGAGGAGAAGAAAAGGAAAGAGGAAGAAAACAAGCUUUUGGAAUUGGAUAAACCACCUCCAGAUCCGAUGCAUGGUCUUCGGAUCCAUGCUUGGGUCCUCGUCCUGUGUGGAAAGCGUGAGGUACCUGAGAGUUUCUUCAUUGAUCCAUUCACUGCCCACAGCUAUGGCACCACAGAUGAACAUUUCCUUGGAAUUGAAAGUAUCUGGAACCACAAGAACUAUUGGAUCAACAUGCAAGAUUGCUGGAAUGGUUGCAAGGAUCUCAUCUUUGACUUAGGGGAUCCUGUGAGGUGGGAAUUCAUGCUUUUUGGGACUGACAAGCCUUACCUAACAAUGGCUGAUCAAGAGGAGGAGGAGGAGGCUGCCGAUGAAGAUGAUAUUGAAAUUCUGGAUAAAGAGGAAGAUAAGAACUUUGACAUGCCCCUUUCCUGGGUGGAACAGAUUUACAUAUCAGCAAAAGAUUUUGAGAGCCGCUGUCCUCAAGGGAGGAAAGUGAUCCAGUACAAGCAGUGCAAGCUAGAGAAGUGGGCUCCAUACCUGAACGGCAAUGGUCUGGUGACUCGUCUCACCAUCUAUGAGAAUGCAGAUUGUCGCAAGGUCGUGGAGGUGAAGGAGUGGUACGAGAACCGGGAAGAUUUUUUAGAGAUGAGACGAGUGGAUAAAACCACACAUUUGACCACUGAAUACUUCAAGCCAGGGCAUUUCCUGGCCCUGCGAGAGCAUACCUAUAAGACCAUGGCACCAGAGACAGACCGCUCAAUGGAAUUCUACUAUGAUACUAGAGUGGAUGGCCUAGAGAAGAGAACUGAGACCCCCAACUCAAUGACGGAGUACUACAAGGACAGGGCAGAUUACCUUGUCUACCGACAUGUUGAUUAUGGUAUCAGGCUCAAGAAAUUUAGCCUCAACAGCCCAGACACAAACCCUCGGCCCAUGUUGAAAAUCACAGAGCGAUUCGACCGAAAUCUCAGCAAGUUGGCAGAUGAUGAUGUAGCUGAGCGUAUAUUUGUGGUCUCAGAUGAGAGGAUUCAACUUCGGUACCACUGCAGGGAUGAUUACAUCACCACCUCAAAGAGAGAGUUCUUAAAAAGGAAUGACGUGGACAACAAAGGGAACAAGAUCAUCAUGACUCCAGACAUGUGUGUCACCUAUGAGGUAGAGCCCCGAGAACACACCAAAAAACUGUUAUUCCAAUAUGAGAUGAUGAUGAACUUAAAGAAUGAAGAGAAGAUUUCCAAACACCAAGUCUGGGAAUCUGAACUGGAGGUCCUAGAGAUUCUGAAGACUCGUGAGGAAGAGGAAGAUACCCACAAUCUGACUGUCUCUAUCUAUGACACCACAAGGAAUGAGAAGAGCAAAGGGCAGCGUGAAGCCUUGGAGCGCCAAGCCCAGGAGGAACAUAUGCGCCAGGUGGAGGCUGAGCUGGAUUACUUGGCACCAUUCCUGGUCCAACUCCCACCUGGGGAGAAGUUGACCAGAUGGCAGGCUUUACGCCUAAAAGAUGAAUGUCUCAAUGACUUCAAGCAGCGGCUUAUUGACAAGGCCAAUCUCAUCCAGACCCGUUUUGAGAAGGAGACUCAGGAACUUCAGAAGAAGCAGCAAUGGUACCAAGAAAACCAGGUGACCAUGACACUGGAGGAUGAAGAAUCCUACCUCACCUAUUGCUCCCAAGCCAUGUUUCGCAUCCGUAUCCUGGAACAGCGACUCAACCGACACAAGGAACUCGCUCCACAAAAGUAUCUGGCUCUGGAGGAAAAACUAUACAAGGAUCCACGCCUGAUUGAAUAUCUGAAAGUGUUUGUCUAACAUCUUUCUCCUGCAUUCAGUUUUGCCUUUCUUUCGGAGAAAGGAAGUCCCCCAAUCUCUAAUUCCUCAUUUCCAAUAAAAUAGUUCUCCACACAA